AUGGGGUUAGCGUCACCAUUACCACGGGACUGCGCCUGCCCUCCUACGUCCUCUCUUACUCUGUUACGUGGCAGUACCUUACCCCGCACUGUGAAUUCCUGUCCCUGCGCCCGGCACCUCACUUCUACACAGGACCAAGGUAAUAGAUGCAAGGCAGAAGACGCUAUUGGAUGUAAUAGAAUCAUUCAGGUCCUGGCUGACGAAUACCCAGAAUUUAAAAACUGUGUCUGCACUACAGAGGAUUUCUGUAGCAUCAUGACUUUGCUUGGGAAACAGUGUGGCAUUAAUAAAGAAUCUUUGGAAACUUCCUCAAGAUCAGGUACUGAACUGAGUUUUAGGGAACACAAAAACCCCGAAGACCAAAGACACUCAGAAGAAUUAGAGAACAACUGCAGUACUGCAAAACAACGCUGUCGAGAGGACCCUUACUGCUUUUUAGUGUUUAAGAGCUUCCAGCGAGCAUGCCAGGCAGACGCAGCAAAAUGCAGGCUCCCGACGGUCAACCAGGAGUGUUUGUCAGCGUGGAAAGAGCUGAGGAAAACAGUGCUGGGAGACUGCAAGUGCUCAGAACCACUUCAGAUGAGAUGCGUUAAAAUAUGGAAGGGAAUAUUUAACAACCCUUGUUUACAAUAUUCUCGAGAGAGCCAAGCUUCAGCAGCUAGUGAAAAUGAUGAUGACAAAGAUGAUGAUGUUGAUGAUGAGAAAAAUCAGGACACCGACACAGACAAUAUUAGUUCAGAAACAAAAUUACAAUGGAGUUUAUCUGCUCUCUCCAAACAAGCAUACACAGCAAACAGAACCUGUUUGGAUGUGAACAAGGAGUGUGUUGAAGAUGAAGUGUGUAACAAACAGUUGUCCAUGUACCUUAAGGUUUGCUCAGUGAAUAAGAAGUGCAACAUGGAAGAAUGUCAAGCAGCCAUAAGGUUCUUCUAUCAAAACAUGCCUUUUGAAGUUGCCCAAAUGAUGACAUUUUGUGAUUGUAUCCAGCGUGAUGAAUCCUGCCACAGAGCCAAAGAACUUCUCCACGGCAAGCCCUGUGCGGUUACUGCAGUUCCGCCCCCAUCAUGCCUGAAUGUAAUCCACAUGUGUGAAGAGGAUGAAUUGUGCAGGAAAAAAUACACAACUUUCCGGUCAAAGUGUUGGAGACAUGUGACAAAAAAAUGUUACGAUGAUGAAGCUUGUCUUGAAACUUUAAUCAAGGAUGACAUGCCCUGUUCUGCAAACGCUGACUGCAAAGCAGCCUACAUUAGCAACUGGGGCACGAUGCUGCGCGUGGAGUGUACCUGCCAGAAUUUGCCUCCCGUGGAACAGUCUUUGUGCGAGCUCUUCCAUCACAUGCUUCACAGCAAAUCCUGCUUCAGUGAGUUACGUCAAAUUUCCAUCAAGAAGAAAGGGUUUCAUUGGGUAAAUACGGAAAUGCCAGGAGAAAAGCUUUCCAGAGCGCAGCUCCAUUCUUCUUCAAUUAACGGUGAAACAGUCUACAUUAUUGCCUAUUCCUCCUGCAUCGUUCUCAUCCUAGGAAUAGUCCUGCUGACUCUCCUAAAGAUCAG